GUUCUGCUGGGGUCCGGUCCCUCCCUGCAGCCACAGAGGCUGGCUCUCAUUGAGUCUGGAUCCCAGAGCCGCUGCAGGUCCUGCGUGUUUGUGGUGGAGCUUCAGGCUGCAGUGUGGGAACAACCUGAAGGCCGUCAGGGUUUGAUGAAGGGACUUCAGCAGCUGCUGGUUGACCUCUGCAGACAUGAUGCCCAACAGCCGUCUGGGGAAACGCUCGCCGUUCGGAGCGCUGGUGUGCUCCCCCUGUCCGCUGACGCACCAGAGCAGCACCGCUGUGGCGACGGGACAACAAGGCAUCAGCAGAAUCCGAGGCCACAGCGAUCUGAAGGUGUACUUUCAGUGUGGAGGAGCAGGUGACCCUCAGAGCGACGCCGUAGCCCAGCCCGCAUCCUCAGCAUCUCCAUCCUGCAGCAGAUCCAUCUCCUCCUGCAUCGACGUCCCCAGAAGUUGCCCCGCUCAGCAGGAGGUGGACAUGGACGAGCUGAUGGCAGCCAUGGUGCUCAGCAGUCUGUCCUGCAGUCCUCCGCCGCAGAGCUCCGCCCACAGAGCAACCGCAGCUCCUUGGACGGACUCUGGCACCGUCGAGCUCUCAGACAGCAGCAGCAGCGGCUACUGGAGCGUCGACCGCGGCCCCAGGAGCCCCGGCCCCCCCUCGCCAGCAGCCGAGGCCAACGGCAGGUCGGCCACGCCCCCUGAUGAGGGCCUGGACAUGGAGCUGGACCAGGUUCUGUUUGAAGAACCGGCUCCUCGGAAACGCAGGAACUCGCUGAAGGUGGCGUACCGGUGUCUGUGGCCGAGCUGCGGGAAGGUGCUGACCUCCCUGGUGGGAAUUAAACGUCACAUCAGGACGACGCACCUGUGCCACGGCGGCGAACAUGAGCGAUGCUCUCGCAGUGAGGAGGACUUUUAUUACUCCGAGAUCAACCAAUGGGACGGGCCGCUCCAGCAGUCUCCUCCCUCUGCUCCCCAGUGUGGCCCCACCUCCUCCCCCCCCUCUCCUCCCUCAUCUCCAUCUCCUCCCAGCUGCAGCACUCUCAGUCGCUCUGCCCCUUCCCCUUGUAGCAGCAUCUGGCAGGUCCAAUCAGAGCACUCCUACCAGGCUCCGCCCCCGAGUCAUGUGGUUUCACCUGGAGCUUCCGCCUCAUGCCGGGUGACAGCCCCGCCCACCACAUGCAGCAGACAGGGAGCGGCGGUCCGGGUGCGAUCAGUCAGCGUGGGCGAGCAGUGGCUGCAGCACCAGAGCGCCCCCUGCAGGAGGAUUCGAAGCGAGGCCAAGAAGUGUCGGAAAGUUUACGGCAUCGAGCAUCGGGAGCUGUGGUGCACGGCGUGCCGCUGGAAGAAGGCCUGCCAGCGCUUCCUGGACUGACCCAGGAGACGGGCUCCUCUUGCUGCCGGUUUUUGCUCCUCUUGCUGCCGGUUUUUACCUUCUUUGGCCUUCAAGGCGUUUCCCAGACUGUCCUCAGCUGACGACUGAACUGAGGAGCGUCUCCAAGCCGUCCCACAGUCUGGAUCAUCGGGGAGGAAUUUCUCUCCUUCGCUUGAAGCUGCAGAAGAUCUGCAUCCAGGAGACGUGCCAAACCUUUUUAUUUCAGCUUCGGUUCAUUAAAUGUUUUAGCCAUUAAAAACUUGUUAUAUGGAAAAGUGUUGCCAUGCAUCGUCUCGCUUCUGAUGUGAUAAAAUCAUGUUCUCCUCAGAGGAACCGUCUCCACGUCCUCCAGGAUCUGGAGGUCCGUCGUGUUUGUAGGUCUGAGUCUGUUUCCUCACAAUCAGACUGAUUUAUGACGUUUUCUGUUUCUAAACCAUGUAAAUUGUGACGUAUUAAUAAACUGGAGGUGAAGGUGU